CUACAUGUAGCCUGUCUCUCUUCUGCUUCUUGCACAUGUCGCUGCAGCUCCCCGAGUGUUUAGUGCAGAAAUUGGGGCCCAAACACGGUGUCCUUUAGUGACCUCACAUCCUGUUUUCCCCACUUCCUUCUGAAUGGACCGGUUUGGGACGGUCCGGUGCCAGCGCAGCGUGGAUCUGUGUUGUGUCGGCGCGUGUCUUCAGACACACGUGAAGAUCCACAGUGUUGCACGGCUGCAGAGGGCACGCGGGCAAACUGGUAACGCAACGCUGCAGUCACCUAACUGACUAUGUAACGUGUCAUGCAUUGAUAGAGAAGCGGAGAGGCAUCGCUGUUGCACUUCUGACAGAAUGAAGACGAGAGAGGGGAAGAUUAUAAACCAGGGUCUGGAGGAUGAGAUGGAGGUGUGGGGUUACCAGCCCUGUCUGUGGAAGAUGAUCCUGGUGGGUGUAGGUGCUGUGUGCUCUGGGGGUCUCCUGCUGCUCCUACUCUACUGGCUGCCUGAGUGGGGCGUCAAGGGCACCUGCACACACACCUCGCUGAGGGAGGCACACACACUGCUGCUUAGGACCAGGGAUGAGUUCAGGCAGUGGUUUCGAGCCAAAGUACAUGUGAUGUCGGCGCCAGGGAUGAAACCCUUUGACAGCUUGGAUCUGCAGUCCACGGCUCAGCCGCCAAAUGGAGACCAGGGCAUCAGUGCUGCGCACAAGGAGCAUCAUGGGAAAUUUGCCCAGAGACAGCCCGCUCAGAUCCUCUACUUCACCCACCACAGCACCAAAUACUACUGGAAUGAUGUCAUACAGAACUUUGAAUUUUAUAAAGGCUUGGAGGAUGUGAAGGUGAGCUGUGCAAGCAUCCACUCUGAACACAGCUCUGGGCUUUCUAAAACACUGCAGGACUACAGGAGGUUGUUUUUCGGGGAGAAUGAGAUUGCUGUAAGAGUGCCGUCUCUAUUCAAGCUCCUCAUAAAGGAAGUUUUGAAUCCUUUCUACAUCUUCCAGCUCUUCAGUGUCAUUCUGUGGAGCGCGGAAGAUUACUACUAUUACGCUUCAGCCAUAGUGUUCAUGUCUGUGAUUUCAAUAGCUACCUCACUGUAUACCAUUAAAAAGCAAUAUGUGAUGCUGCACGACAUGGUGGCAGCACACAGCGUGGUCUGUGUGUCAGUGUGCAGAGGAAAUAAAGAUAUUGAGCAGGCCAUGUCAACAGAUCUUGUGCCCGGUGAUGUCAUCAUUAUUCCAGCAAAUGGGAUGAUCAUGCCCUGUGACGCCGUGCUCAUCCACGGGGCCUGCAUCGUGAAUGAGAGCAUGCUGACAGGAGAGAGCGUGCCAGUUACCAAGACAAGUCUGCCCAGUGCAGGCGAGGACGCGGCUGGGAGCUACGAUGUUGAGGAGCACAAGAGACACACCCUGUUCUGUGGAACCCGUGUCAUCCAGACCCGCUUCUACGCUGGAGAACUUGUGGAGGCUGUUGUGGUCCGAACAGGCUUCAGUACAGAGAAAGGCCAACUCGUGCGCUCCAUCCUCCAUCCUAAACCCACAGACUUCAAGCUGUACCGAGAUGCUUACCUGUUCUUGUUGUGUCUGGUGGGAGUGGCAGGGAUCGGCUUCAUCUACACUAUCGUCCUCAGCAUCAUGAACAAGGUUCCAGCUAAAACAAUCAUCAUUGAAUCUCUGGACAUCAUCACCAUCACUGUGCCCCCAGCCCUACCUGCAGCCAUGACAGCUGGUAUUGUGUACGCGCAGCGUCGUCUGAAGCGCGUCGGCAUCUUUUGCAUCAGUCCUCAGAGGAUCAACAUGUGUGGUCAACUGAACCUGGUUUGCUUUGAUAAGACUGGUACCCUGACUGAAGAUGGUUUGGACCUGUGGGGUGUUCAGAGAGCUGAAGAUGGCAGCUUUUCUCCCCCUGAGUCUGAUGCAGCUAACGAAACCCUGGUGAACACUGUGUUUGUGGCGUGCAUGGCUACCUGCCACUCACUUACCAAGAUAGAGGGCGAGCUCUCCGGAGACCCUUUAGACCUCAAAAUGUUCAACGCGACAGGCUGGAUCCUAGAGGAGCCCAUGGAGAAAGAGACUGCGCUCCACAAUCCCAUAAUGCCCACAGUUGUGCGACCUCCAAAGCACUUCUUCCCUGAAGCCAAUCAGAACAAUCCACUAACUCAGAACAUGUCCUGUGAGAUUGGUAUCAUGCGUCAGUUCCCCUUCUCCUCAGCCCUGCAGAGGAUGAGUGUGGUAGGCAGGAGGCUGGGGGAGAAACACAUGAACGCUUUCUUGAAAGGAGCACCGGAGGUUGUGGCCAGCCUCUGCAAACAGCACACAGUCCCACAGAACUUCACAGAGACUCUGGAGACCUACACCAGGCAGGGCUUCAGGGUUAUUGCCCUAGCACAUCGACAGCUGGAGUCCAAACUCUCCUGGCACAAAGUCCAGAACCUCAGCAGGGACCUGAUAGAAACCAACAUGGAGUUCCUCGGUUUGGUCAUCAUGCAGAACAAAAUAAAAGAGGAGACUGCCGGGGUUUUACAGGAACUACACCAAGCUAACAUCCGCACUUUGAUGGUCACGGGUGACAACAUGUUGACGGCGAUAUCGGUGGCUCGGGAUUGCGGGAUGGUCCGCUCACAUGAGAGGGUCAUUAUUGCAGAUGCGGCGCCUCCUAAGGAUUCCCACCCUGCUAGUAUCACAUGGCAUUACACUGAAAACCCUGCUCAGACCGACAAGGACAGUCAGACUGUGGAGAUAAACCUGGAGGACGGGUUAUAUGACAAGCACAUGACUCAGCAGGAGCAGACCUAUCACUUUGCUGUGAGUGGCAGAGCCUUCGCUGUUAUCACCGAGCACUUCCCUCAACUCGUCCAAAAGCUCAUGCUGAGAGCCACAGUGUUUGCCCGCAUGGCUCCAGACCAGAAGACUCAGCUGGUGGAGGUCCUGCAGGGCAUCGACUACACUGUCGGGAUGUGUGGUGACGGUGCAAAUGACUGUGGAGCUUUGAAGAGAGCUCACAGUGGGAUCUCGCUGUCUGAGCUGGAGGCUUCUGUUGCUUCACCCUUCACCUCCUCCACCUCCAACAUCUCCUGCGUCCCCAACCUCAUCAGGGAGGGCCGAGCUGCCCUCAUCACAUCAUUCUGCGUGUUCAAGUUCAUGGCUCUGUACAGCAUCAUCCAGUACCUCAGUGUCACCCUGCUGUACUCGAUUCUCAGCAAUUUGGGAGACUUCCAGUUCCUCUUCAUCGACAUCACCAUCAUUCUCAUCAUUGCCUUCACAAUGAGUCUGAACCCUGCAUGGAAGGAACUGGUGUGGCGCCGCCCUCCGUCCAGUCUGAUCUCUGGCCCGCUGCUCUGCUCAGUUCUGACCCAGAUCCUCACCUGCUUGGUCUUCCAGGUUCUGGCUUUCCUCUUAGUACGACAGCAGAGCUGGUAUGAGAUAUGGACGCCUCAGUCAGAUGCCUGUAACGUGUCCAGCUCCAGUCCCUCUCACAGCGUGAAUGUAACCACCCCCCACGACCACAAAAACAUCAGGAACUAUGAGAACACCACCCUCUUCUACGUCUCCUCCUUUCAGUACUUGGCUGUGGCCAUCGUUUUCUCCAAAGGGAAGCCCUUCAGACAACCGAGCUACAAGAACUGGCCGUUCAUGCUGUCCUGCAUCGGCCUGUAUACUUUCCUUCUCUUCAUCAUGCUGUAUCCUGUUCCUGCCAUAGACAGCUUCCUGGAGAUCGUGUGUGUUCCCCAUGACUGGCGCGUUACACUGGUCAUCAUUGUCAUAGUGAAUGCGGCUGUGUCUUUCAUGCUGGAGAUUUUGAUCCUUGACAUCAUCUUGUGGAGGCUAGUUUUCAGAUGCAAUCAGGGGGUAAAUCGCCCCACAGAACCGCCCUCUGCUGACACGCCUCAGGAGACCAAUGACCGCUGGGGCGCACCCUUCCUCUCCUGGCUGUUCUGUCAGAAAAACAAGCCCCCAAAGGUGCGCUACAUGCACCUGGCCCUGAAGCUGCAGGAGGACGGUGACUGGCCCCCCAGACCCUCCACUGUCACCUACGCCAGUGAUUCACAAUCCCACAUCUCUGCCCCCCUCUGACACCGACGUGACCAACGAGCAAACUACUGCACAGACUUAACCUAAAACCCCCAACGAGCCUUCAUGUUGACGUAGCUUGAGUUAAGCUCAGAGGUGUGAUCGAUGCUCAGAUGUGUUUGGGACGUGGAGCCUGCUGGACGCCAGUGAUCAAUCCAGGAGCCUCAUUAAGGUGAGGCCUCCUGCUGCAAUGUCUGACUGACUGUGUGAACUGCAAACAUAAAGUUCCAUUUAGAUUCACCUCAUCAGAAUGGACAAACACUUUGCACCUUUUUUAGCCGUACUGUGCUGUCACACUGCUGAAACUUGAGCCAGAGGCCUCUAUUAAAGACAUUUUGGGAAAUAUGGUACAUUUAUUUGCUUGAGUGAUACCACUGGCAGUUACAGGCUCUGUUUACACCUGGUAAUAACAUAUGUCUUGGAUGAUUGGAUUGUUAGUGGCCAGCUAAAAGUACAGGUAGGAAUGCGUCUUUAAUGGGUCUUGAAAUGUCAUUGGUCAGAAUACAUUCAGAGUUGGUCUGGCCACACUCUUUCAGCACUUUCAGGACACUAAUGUGAUGACUGAAUGACUUUCUUUGCGAUUGAAGUAAUCCUUUGCAUUGCUGGAUGGGGCAGUGAUGGGAAUGUAAGAGCCAUCUAUCGGUCCUCAACAGUGGGGGAACUCCAUCUCACCUUGAAGCCAUCCACAAGCUCCCAUAGUCUGUCUCCUUGAGGCAAACUAAUAAAUUGCUGCUGAAGCGUGUGUACAGGCCGAGACACACCAAACCGACUUCAGAGAACUAGCAUCAACGAAAUCCCCCUGCUGCGUCACCUCACGUCGUCUGUGUCUUGGCUAAAAGUUGCACACUAAGACGCCACAAAGACUUUAGCUGAUGGCCAACCAGCAUGUAUGUUCUGUGCUUUCACAAGAAGAUAUAACUCUCCACACCAGCAGACAGCGGUCAUCUGUAUUCGUCAUACGAAAAGGGAAACCAAAAGACCAUCAUGACGCUGGUUAGCCAGUUAGCACAUUAACAACGCAAUCCAGUGUUGAAAGGACAAAGCAUAUUUACUGUGCACCUCUUGACUUUAGCUCUUUGUUUACUUUCCUUACUUCCAUUUCUCUACUUGUGCGCUGAGGUGAACUGCCAAUCAGAGUGAUUUCAUUCACCGACGGGCUCCACAAUAGCCGACGCCAAUUCAACUUGCUGAAUCAGCAGAAAUAUUAUAUAUCAACAUAAUAUUAUAAUAUAUCGAGGGCCACAGAUGCUCACCGAUGGCCCAACAUUGACUGACGGCCGACCAUCAACUUGGUGUGUCAGGACAUUUAAGCAUGAUAAACUUCCUGCCAGCUAAAAACAACAAUGCAUUUCGUCUUUGCAAAUGGAAAUGAUUUAGAUGUUUGUUUGCACAUGGAGCGAUAAAGUGAGAUUUGAUCACAAUUGGUCAGUUGAGACGCAUGUGGAAGUGCAUUCUGACGCCGAGCCUAAACAGACAUAGAGUUGUCCACUUGUGAUCGGAUCACCCAAGACACAUGUUAAUACCAGAUGUUAACAGGGCCACAGGCUGGCUUAGUUUAGCUUAGCACAAAUGGCGAAACAGCCAGCAUUGCUCUUUUUUAAAGGUAAAGUUUUUCUAAGGAUCAAUAAUCACCACAUUUUGUCUUAUUUGGUUUAUCCCAUACUUAAACCAAAGUGUAAAAACAAUAUGUUGAGGUUUUACAGGUGGUAAAGUCUCUGCUGGUUGCCAGGCAAGCUUGUACUGAUGACCAGGCUCCAGGUUAGCUGUUAAGCUGUGCUAAGCUAAGCUAACCACCUGCUGCUUUUCUUCCAACUUUCGGACUUGAAAACACAUUAAGAUGUUUCCCAAAAUCUUAAACUGUUCCUUUAUGAUGAAUGGAUGUCUUACUAACUACGUUAUACUGUCCUACCAAUGGCAUACAAAAUCAAACUACAACACUGGACACUGAGAAAGGUAUAUGAGUGUCAGACGAGUCUUUGCAUUGUUUUAAACAGCUUUUAGCUGACCCAUUAUUUUUUGUCUCAGUCUGACAGAUCAGAUACAUCAAACAGAUCCAGUAUUAAAGGGAUAGUUCAGAUCUUGUAAAGUGUGGUUAUAUGAGGUACUUAUCCAUAGUCAGUGUAUUACCUGCAGUAGAAGUCAGUCUGCAUGCCCACAGUUUGGAGAAGCAGGCUGGAGUAUAAUAGCUAAGCAAUGUACUGCUGUGGAUGGGGCGACGUGUAUUUUAGCCACCUAAAAAAAAAAUCAAUAUGAGUGUAAGUGUACACUAUAUUUAGAAAUUUUCCCUACAUAAACCUUGCUGUUAGAGAACCCCUCUUUGCAGGUCAGCUGGUCAGGUCAGAAAGUUCCGCAAUCAGACAGAAACAAAACUUUACCUUUUUACAGGAUAUCAAAAAUGGUGUGUGCUUUUGAUUUUCCGGGCUGUUAAAUGGACUGCACUUGUAUAACGCUUUCCUAGUCUUCCGACCACUCAAAGAGCUUUUUAACACCACAUGUCACAUUCACCCAUUCACACACAGGUGCUGCUACUCAGUAACCAUUCACGUUCACCCACACUCUGAAAGAACAGCCACCGGGAGCACUUUGGGGUUCAGUAUCUUGCCCAAGGAUACUUCGACAUGUGGACUGGAGGAGCCAUGGAUUGAGCCGCUGAUCUUCCAAUUAGUUGACGACCCACUCUACCUCUGAGCCAAAGUCGCUGGAACAAAGUAAUGCAAACAGCUUUCAUAAACCGCUGACCUGCAGCAUAACACAGUACAUGGCACAGUUGCACAAGGUUUAGAAAACAUAGUCCCGAAGGACAGGGGCCUUCUGACAGCAAGGUAAAGUGGUAGAAAUAUUCUUGAUAUAGUGUCCACUUACACUUUUUUUUAUGUGGCUAAAAUCUGUUUUGCUGUGUGGUGCUACUCCUGUUCAAUUCUCCAAAUUGGAGCAUGCCGACCACCAUUUACUGUAUGUAAUACACUGACUAUGGAUAAGUACCUCAUGCAGCUCCACUUCAGAAAUCCUAACUAUCCCUUUAAGCCACUGUUUUGCUCAGUCAGGUCCAUUUAAGACCUAAAAUCACUGGACGAAUCUUUCUUCUUCACUGUGAAUAAACACAUUCAGUCUUCCACUAACAUUUGCUGCUGCUAAAAUCUAAAAGUUGCAAAACAGCAUUAGGUCACAUGGAUUCAAAGAAACACGGGAGACUUGUGUCUUUUGCAAUUUUAUGAACAUAACUGGUACUGUUGAAUUUCUAAGGCAGAAAAUAUUCUACUGCUGCAUUUCUGUCUGAGAGUCGCUUCAGUUGAAAUUCUUCCUGUGGAAGAGAGAAGCAGAAAUUCCCUUUUUAAAAAAUGUUUUUACUGUCGGUGUGUGUGUGUGUUUGCAUCGUUAAAUCUUUAUGUUCGUUUUCCCAAGUAGGACUGCCUUUAUAAAUUAAGUGUUUGUGAGGAAAAAUAACAUUUAACAUCACUAAGAUAAUGUUUUAAUUGAUUAAUUAAUUAAAGCAAUUGAAUUAAAACAAAUCAAUGAAACAUUUGCUGCUGUGACAAUUUUAUAACAGUUGAUUUUAACUUUUGAUUUUUAUAUAUUUUAAAAUGUUUACAGCUGUUGUAUACAUAUUUUUCUAGCUAAGGUUAAAAAUGAAAUAAAUGUGAAAACCUAUGAGAAUUAGUCGCCUAAAUUUCCUCUUUAAUUACUAUUAAAAAUAGCAUUUUUUUUCUCAAGGGAAUAUGUUUUUUCAAAAUUGUACUUAUUUUCUUACUUCAAUAAAAUGUUUCCGGGUACCCCUGUGUUUGCUCUGCAGAACUCCCAUUACAUUUCCCAAUAAAUCUGUGUAUUAAGUCA